GUCUGAUCAGAGGAGAGACAGAAUGGCUCAAGGCUGCCUCAAGUGUUUAAAGUACACCAUGUGCUUCGCCAACUUCCUGUGUUUCGUAUGUAUCACUCAUGCAGCGUCGCAUUAGGUCACUGACAUACGUGUUGUGGCCCCGCUGAGGGACGACAUGAGUCAGUGGUUGAGAAAGUAUUCUGGUCCUCUUCUAAACUCGACGUGUUGCUCGUGUGUCUAUGACUUAGACUGUGGACAACGUGUUCACGGUGUGUCUCUGUGUGGAGGGAGAGCGCUGGAGACUCGUCCCCUUCAAUGUCCCCCCGACGGACGUGACGCACACCACUGGAAGCUUGUUCUCCGCCUGUAACGCUGCCUGUUUGUUAGCGUGUGUCCCGCUCUGGAAUAUUCUACACUGAAAUCUUGCGUCACAUCCACAUUUUGGAAAUCAGCAAAGUACUGCAGCUCAGAAAGUCCUUCAGUCGCCUGAACACAAAAACAAGGCUGAAAAACACUAGUUUGCCUUUUAACGUAAAGAUCUGUGGCGUAGCGGUGCUGGGCUUGGGCAUCUACAUGACGGUGUUCUUCCGGAUGGCGGCGCUCACCCCGACUCUGGCCAGCUUCAACGUGGCCAACAUGCUGCUGGUCAGCGGCAUCGUCAUCACCUGUGUGUCCUUCCUGGGCUUCCUGGGGGCUCUGAAGGAGAACCGCUGUCUCCUGCUGACGUUUUUCCUGCUGCUGUUCCUCCUGAUGCUGGUGGAGCUGACUGUAGCGUGCCUGCUACUCAUGUAUGAGAACGAGAUUGGUGCAAUGGUGGAAAAUGACCUCAAAGAGGGUUUGAGAACGGCCAAAACAGGUUUUGCGAACUCAACAGAUGUGAAGAAGGAGUGGGACCUGGUUCAGACUCAGUUUGAUUGCUGUGGAGUGAUGAACGUGACAGACUGGGGAGACGAAGUGCCCAAGUCCUGCUGCCUGGACCCCUGCGACAGCCUGAAGCCUCAGUACAGAGAGAAGGGUUGUUUCGUAACGUUGAAGAUCUUCUUUGAGGAUAAUUUUCUAACCACUGGGAUUUCUGUCAUUGUCUUCUGCAUGUUCGAGGUCUUGGGGAUGUGCUUCGCCAUGACGCUCUUUUGCCACAUCAGUAGAUCCGGACUGGGCUACAAGCUAUAGACACUUUCUCUCAAGCAAUAUAUCCUGUGUCAGCAAUUCUUAAACGUUGCUAUUGUACAGUUCUUGUGUUUGCAGGGAGGCUCAUUUAAAAAAAAAAAAAUUUAGUCUGCUUCUCCCAACAAUAAUGAACAGCAGCGGUUUCUGUAACAUUAUCAAUAUAUUAUACAACUUUUGUAAAUCCUAAAAUGUACCAAUGAAGCAUUUUCUACAGAAUUACAGACGGCACUCCUCCAUUUUGACUAACUUCAUGUUGUCACAUGUUUAUCAUUUCCUGUUUUUAGCUUCUGGGCUGUUCACUGAACUGUGGUGGAGCUUUUUUUAUUCACCACUUCCUCUUCUGUUCAACCAUCAGUUAGUUCCUCUAAAGUCACCAGACAUUGUCUUAAUGUCACUGUUGUGUGUAAAAGCUCAAUAUUAAAGACCUCCUACUUUAAAA